CCUCUAGCGGACGUCUCGCUCACUUACUCCCCUCGCGAAAAUAAAAGUGAAGGGGGUGAGUUCUGAUCGGAGGGGAACAACAAGUCAACAAUAACAGGUGUUAACAAUAACAAUAAGGGAGAACACAAUGUCACUGUUGGCGAACAAUUGCCGGAGGCUGACAUCCCUCAGCAGCAGCUUUCUUCGUUCACCAGUCGUCUCUUCCCAGUUCGUUCCCCAUCAGAAUGCAUCGAAGAAGUACGAGUCCAAGAAGUGGCCGGGGUACCACGUUAUUUACAGUUUGCCUGAUGUGAAGAGGGUCAGUCUCAUGAGCCGGUUGAAGCUCCAGGUGACGGUUAUCUCGGGAAUAGCAAUACCAGCGGUCUGCCUGAUGGAGGUUAACUGGGGCCUGACGUCGGCGUUUGUUCACAAUGCAACAUUCAUGUUUGGAGCAAUAUGCUUUUUCCUCCACGGAGUUGGCUAUUUCUCCAACAACGUAAUCGGAAUAAUCUACGCGAAGAAAGACUCCAACGACAUAAAGAUAGCCUACAUGAGUUACUUCGGCAAACGAGUGGACAUUGACACGACCUACGACGACAUCAGCUGUCCCGAGCCCAAAACAAUGUUCCGUAAUCCCCUAUUCAGUCCGUUGGUAGUUGAGUCCCAGAAGAAGAAGCUGAAACUCUUCGUCCAGGGUAAAAUCAUCGACAGCGACAAAUUUUACAAACUGUUGGGGGUCGCAUUCUGAUCCAGUGUAAUUAGUCAUUAAGAGAAUAAAAGAUUAAAUUGUUAAGAA